AUGAAACAAUCAUUUAUUUCAUUUCCAUUCGGUUUAUAUAUGAUAUUGGUAGUAGGAUGUCAACUUGCGUAUAAUGCUGCUGACAAUUCAUGUACAAAAUGCGGAAAUUUUCUUCUCUAUUCAAUAUGGUUACUUAUCAAUAUAAGUGUUCUUAUUUUUUAUUACUAUGUUCAUUUGUCUACAUCGAUCUUCACUAUUCAUUUGCAUCAUGAAAUACCAUUAAUUGCUACUGUGAUCGAUUUAAUGUGGCCAUUUGCACUGAUGAUCGUUGAAUAUUUCUCUCGACUAACAUCAAAAACAACAAAAUAUGAUAAUGAUAUCAAAUUGAAUUGA